GACGUAAACAUCCAAUGCUUUUUGAGAUGAUUAAUGAAGGCAAUUGGAUACCUGAUGAAUUACAUACUAUGUUAUGUAUUUCAGAUAUAUUAUUCCAAUGUGCUUUUUAUGAACUAUCAGCAGAUAGAAAAAAUUUUGCAAAAAUUA